ACAAGCUCAUAGACCGACUCCAGGGCGCCAUUCCAGAGAAUUCACCCCAUGUCGAUGGGAACAAUGACCGUCCUCAGUGCUUGUCAUACGUCAUAUACAGAUUAUACACACAGCAUGGGUAAUCACUUACGAAACUUCUCCCGCACAGGGUCGGCCGAGCGUUAGGGGGGGGGUUGGUUGACAAGCACGCUACAGUAUGAUGGCUAUGAUGAUGACAGGCUGCGUCAGCUGGGGGUCGGAAAUGCCACCAAAGCCGCCUCGGACUCUCUCGUACCGUACCACUGGUACCUACUGCCUGCCAGCAGCAAGAAAAAAGGGAGAGACAAAAAAAGAAAUGCAAAACUCGACACAUUCCGUGGCUCAUUACCUCACCAGCCCUCUCUCUCUCUCCCAACCUUGGUUACGCCUCCAUGUCACGGAAUCGGUGACGCUGCCAACCCUAGCCGGAUUCAAGGAAGAAGGCACUACUGGUCUCUGGUUCUCCUCCCCCUACUCUAGGGACCCGGCAUCAUUACAAGGUCACCUGGGUGUCAGCACGACGGAUGCGUCUCUUGUGAGUGCACAAUUGUGUGUACUGUAUUGUACUGCAUUGUACUGUACAUUUUGUGUUGUGCGCAUUCAACGGCGACACGUGGGGACCCGCGAUAUCAUCGCGUCCGUUCCCUGGCGGGUUCCAUUCGGGCCGCUGAGCUGAAAUCACUCACCGAAACCCUCACCCUUUCACCCUGCCAGUCGGACCAAGUCGCCUAUUCGGCACCGAGCAAAGGGGGAAAAAU